AUGCCUCGCAGACAGCCAGCGCCCGCCUAUGUCCUGGGUGUGGGCAUGACCAAGUUCAUCAAGCCACGCGGAAAAGUUGAUUACACUGAACUGGGCUUCGAAGCCGGGAUCAAGGCCAUGCUCGAUGCUCAAAUCAACUACGACGAGGUUGACCAGGGCGUCGCUUGCUAUUGCUACGGCGACUCGACCUGCGGCCAACGUGUCUUCUAUCAAUUCGGCAUGACCCAGAUCCCCAUCUACAAUGUCAACAACAACUGCAGUACCGGGAGUACGGGCUUGAACAUGGCUCGACAAGCCAUUGCGUACGGCGCCGCCGACUGUGUCCUUGUCAUCGGCUUCGAGAAGAUGAACCCUGGCAGUCUCCAAGCCUACUUCAACGACCGGGAGAACCCUACCGGCACCACCAAUGCCAUGUUGAAGGCCACCAGGGGCGUCACCAAUGCACCCGGCGCCGCUCAGCUCUUUGGUAACGCCGGUCAAGAGUACAUUGAAAAGUAUGGCGCCGCCCCACAAGACUUUGCCGAAGUCGCACGCGUCAACCACGAACACAGCAAGAGAAACCCGUAUUCCCAGUUCCAAGACGAGUAUACUUUGGAUCAGAUCUUGAAGGCCCCCAUGAUCCAUCCACCCCUGACAAAGCUGCAAUGCUGCCCGACCUCAGACGGCGGUGCCGCGGCCGUCGUGGUAUCUCAGGACUUCCUCGACAAACGCCCGCAUCUGAAGUCGCAGGCGGUCUUGAUCGCCGGCCAGCAGAUGGCCACCGACUCUCCAGAGCUUUUCAGCCGAUCGGCCAUGGACCUCGUCGGAUAUCAAAUGUCGGUGUAUGCCGGCAAGAAGGCCAUGGAGGAGGCAGGCAUCACGCCUGACGAUGUCAAGGUUGUCGAACUUCACGACUGCUUCAGUGCCAAUGAGAUGUGUGUGAUUGAUGCUCUCGGAUUAUGUCCCGGAGGUAAAGCACAUGAGCUCGUCCGACAGGGCGAUAUCACAUACGGCGGGAAGUAUGUCAUCAAUCCAUCUGGCGGCCUGAUUUCCAAGGGUCACCCUCUCGGAGCCACUGGCCUCGCUCAAUGCGCCGAACUGACAUGGCACCUUCGAGGAUGGGCCAACAACCGUCUCGCCAAUGACACAAAGUACUGCUUGCAGCACAAUCUGGGUCUCGGCGGCGCGGUGGUUGUCACCGUAUACAAGCGUGCAGACGGCAAAGCCGCUAUCCCGGUGUCGGAUCAGGAGGUUGGCAAUGCUAAUGGCCUUGGAUAUAACCCGGCCACGGAGGCCAAAGGCUUCACCCCUGAGCAGGUCAAGCGGACGGUCAGCCAGAAGAAGUACUCAGACUGGGCAGUGCAGGACGUGCCGGCCAAAGUACAGGCCAGGUUCUGA